AUGGCAGAGGCUGCAGAAUGCAGUGAACAGACGAUCAAAAAUAUCCGCAGAAACCUGCGACAGUUUGGACACGUCCAUGCCCCUUCAACUCGUAUCGGUCGGAGACGAAGCAUAACGCCACCGAUGCUAGAAGCACUCUGUGACCAUCUGUUGGAAAAGCCAGGCCUAUACCUUGAGGAGAUGACUAUCUUUCUAUGGGAUGAAUUUCGCAUGCUAGCAUCAAUCUCUAGCAUUAGGAGGGCCCUUGUAUCCAAAGGCUGGUCCAAAAAGACUGCCCAACAGAGGGCUAAAGAGCAGAAUGCCGAAUUACGAGAAAUUUACCUUCAUAACCUCUCCGAAUUCGAGUCGUACCACCUUGUUUAUGUUGAUGAAUCUGGAUGCGAUAAGCGCAUUGGGUUCCGACGAACGGGUUGGUCACCACUCGGUGUAGCACCUCGGCAAGUGUCUCAGUUCCACCGUGACGAGCGUUAUCAAAUUCUGCCUGCGUAUGCCCAAGAUGGUAUUUUGAUGACUCGUGUCUUUCGCGGCUCGACCGAUGCCGCUGUGUUCGAAGACUUCGUCGCUGAACUCCUUUGUCAUUGCGGGAGAUGGCCGGAGCCGAAGUCUGUUCUGGUCAUGGAUAAUGCCUCGUUCCAUCACUCUGAGCGGAUUUCACAGAUGUGUGCCGAUGCGGGAGUCAAAUUGGUUUAUUUGCCUCCGUACUCGCCGGACCUGAAUCCAAUUGAAGAGUUUUUUGCUGAACUCAAAGCCUACAUAAGACGCAAUUGGAGCUACUACGCAGAAGAUCCGGACCGAGAAUUCGCCUCCUUUCUCGAGCGGUGUAUCAAUCAGGUUGGUGCAAGAGAAGCUAAUGCUAGAGGCCAUUUUCGGCACGCAGGCUUGACUAUUGAAGAAUCGGAUACUUGA